CGGUCGUCGUCGUCGAACGACAACAACAAAACCACAACUCUGCACCAUCACCGACUGCGCUCAGUAUGCUGCCCAGGAUCUGUGUAAAGUUCAAGCUCAAGUAUGUCCUGGCAACGUUGCUCGGUCUGUACACGCUACAGUUCUUCGGUGCCUUUACACACUUUUUCGAAAAGGAUUUUGAGUCCACAUUCGAUUACCCGCUGAACGGAGACAUCCUGUCGGACGUUUAUCAACUGCGCCAUGGUCAGCAACCUGCCCGGCAACCGAUCAACCGGUACAACUAUUCCUACAUCACGGACUGCGAGCACAAGUGCAAGGAGGACGAUCGUCUGAUUGCUCCCCGGUUGGUGUUCAUCGUUAAAUCCGCCAUGGAGCACUUCGAUCGGCGGGCUACGAUCCGCAAGACGUGGGGCUAUGAGCGACGGUUUUCGGACGUAAAGAUACGUACCGUGUUUGUGCUGGGUCGCUCGCGCAUCGUCCCAAAUCGACGGCUACAGUCGCUGGUAGAUCUAGAGUACAGCACGUACCGUGACAUCAUACAGGCGGACUUUGUGGAUGAUUACUUCAACAACACGAUCAAAACAAUGAUGGGUUUCCGGUGGGCCGUUAGUUACUGUCCACGGGCAAAGUUUUACAUGUUUGCGGACGAUGAUUUUUACGUGUCAGCAAAGAAUCUACUACGGUACGUAAGGAACCCAGUCAACUAUCCGGAGUAUCUGGAAGAAACGGAUGAGGCAUUGCGGAAGCUAGCCCGCCGAUUAGCUCACACGACGGACAAUAAUGGUGAAAAUCGUACCGGUACGGGAGACGAAAUGACUGCAAGCCCAAACCGGACACGUACCAAACGACAGCUAAUGACGGAGAUGGAACUUCCGCCGAACGUGAAACUGUUUUCCGGGUUUGUGUUUCGGUCGGCACCGCACCGCCAUCGAAGUAGCAAGUGGUACGUUUCACUCGACGAAUAUCCGUGGGAUAUGUGGCCAACGUACGUGACGGCCGGUGCAUUCUUGCUCUCUCACGAGGCACUGUUCGAGAUGUACUACGUCAGCAUGUACACGAAACAUUUUCGUUUCGACGAUAUCUUUUUAGGAAUUGUUGCGAUGAAGGCAGGAAUUGAACCACUCCAUUCGGAAGAAUUUUACUUCCAUAAGGCACCCUACCUUGGCCCGCAGAGCUACAAGUACGUGCUGGCGACGCACGGGUACGAUGAACCGGCUGAACUGACCAAAGUGUGGAACGAAAUACGAGCUUCCGGUUAUGCGUAGAACCGAUACUGAUGAAACAUAACACG